UCAGCCCCGCGGGUCAACCGCUCCUGCCUCCUCAGUACGCGCCCUCCGCAAAGUCCGCCAACCGCCCCCUCCACCUACACCAUCUACACAGCAGAGAAGCUCUGUUGUGCUUACACUUUGAAUGCCCCUCUAUACCGUGCCAUCCCGGUGUCGCGCCUAUCGUGGUGGCGCCUGUCGAGGUGGUGCCUGUCGAGGUGGUGCCUGUCGAGGUGGCGCCUGUCGAGGUGGUGCCUGUCGAGGUGGUGCCUGUCGAGGUGGUGCCUGUCGAGGUGGCGCCUGUCGAGGUGGUGCCUGUCGAGUUGGCGCCUGGCGAAGUGCGGCCGGCGGGCGAGCCAAACCAAUGCCGGCUUGCUGGCCUGCGCGUGACAUCGUCUAUUCAAACCACGGCGGGCGAGUCAAAUUCGCACAACAGUCUUUCCCAUCCGUCCACUCAUGGCAGCGCGCGUCCCCUUCCUAAUCCCGCGUACUACGGGCAGGCGGGGCAGCCACCGCCGGGGUACUACCCUGCAGCAGCCGCCGCUCCCCAGCAUCACCCCUACAUGUGGGGGCAGUUCCACACAGUCUAUCUCUCCCUCCCCCUCCCCCUCCCCCUCCACCCUCCCCUCUCCCCCUUUGCCUCACCGCUCCCCCUUUGCGUCUCCACUCCCCCUCUGCGUCUCCAACUACCCGAUCCCCCCUUCCCCCAUGGCACCGUACGGCCACCCGCUCAUCACCUUCCCCUCCCUCCACCGUCUACCCCCCUCCCUCCACCCACACCCCCCUCCCUCCACCCGUCUACCCCCCUCCCUCCACCCACACCCCCCUCCCUCCACCCGUCUACCCCCCUCCCUCCACCCGUCUACCACCCCCUCCCUCCACCCGUCUACUCCCCUCCCUCCUCCCCUUACCCUCCUCCACCCCCCCCCCCCCACCUCCCUUUCUCCGCGCAGCACCUGAUAUUACCACGGCUCACUUUCCCCCUCCUCCCCACCUCCUCCCCUCCCGCCUCCCCUGCCCCCACCCCCCUCCAUCCGCUUCCCACCGCAACCCCUCCCCCAUGCGCACAUGAUGACGCCCUACGGCCAGCCUCCCAUCAUCUUCCCGUCUUCCCCCUCCCUCCUCUCCUCCGCUCCCCCUCUCCCCCCUCCCCCUCUCUCUCCUCCCCCGCUCCCCCCGAGCAGCACAUGAUGACGCCAUACGGCCAGCCUCCCCCCUAUGGCGCCCCCAUGUAUCCCCCUGCUGCCAUGUACCCGGUAAGAGCAGCUGUCAUGUACUCGGUAAGAGCAGCUGCCAUGUACCCGGGAAGAGCAGCUGCCAUGUACUCGGUAAGAGCAGCUGCCAUGUACCCGGUAAGAGCAACUGCCAUGUACCCGGUAAGAGCAGCUGCCAUGUACCCGGGCGCGCAGCCCUAUAUGGGAUACGGCAUGCCGUCAGCGACUGCAGCAUCAAUGGACGCUUCUUCGGCCAUGGCGCCAGUGGCAAUGCACGCGGAGCAGAGAUGGGGGGCCAUGGCGCCAGGCAUGGCGCCAGUGGCAAUGCACGCGGAGCAGAGGGAUGGGGGAGGGGCGGCAGCAGCAGCAGGCGCAGGGGGAGGGGGAGGCGGGGGAGUGGGGGAAGAUGGAGGGGGCGCAAAGGCUGGGGAAGGGGGGGCUAUGGGCGCGGGGGGAGGGGGAGGGGGAGGGGGAGGCGGAGGCGGAGGGGGGAUGGGACCGGGGGGCGGGAUGACGUCAGAGGGGUCAAAGCUGCAGUCAGGGAAUGGCGUGUUCUCCACCAGCGGAGGGGAGGAUGAUUCGGAGGAGGACGAGGGCACGGACCACAAUGAGGAAGGGGGGGGCACUGGCGGAAAGGCAGGGGAAGCGGGGGAGAUGGGGGGAAUGGUGCCUCUAGAGUCCUGGUCCUGGCACAAGCCCAGGCACAAGCCCAGGCACAAGCCCAGGCACAAGCCCAGGCACAAGCCCAGGCACAGGCAUAGAUGCACCAAGGCCUCAUAUGCAGUGGGUAACUCUUCUUUCCUUCCCCUUCUUCUCUACCCUCCUUCCCCUUCUUCUCUAACCUUCCUUCCCCUUCUUCUCUUUUCCUCCUCCCGUUCUUCCCCUUUGCACCUCCCGUCUCUGCAGGAAGGGGGGGGCGCUGGCGGAAAGGCAGGGGAACCGGGGGAGAUGGGGGGAAUGGUGCCCAUAGACUACUGGUCCGCGCAAGCCCAGGCCCAGGCGCAAGCUCAGGCCCAAAUGCACCAAGCAGCAGCAGCUGCGGCAGCAGCAGGACAGAUGGGGCCGGGGGGGCAGGGAGUGGGUAUGGCAGGCGGAAUGGGGGGGAUUCCGGGAGUGGGAACGGGCGGGGGGGCGGCGGGAGGAGCAGGGGGGGCUGGGGGGAUGGUUGGCGGGGGGAUGGGUGGUGCUGCUGGUGGCAGUAGCGGUGGUGGUGGUGCUGGGGGCGCAGGGGGAGCAGUGGCUGGGAAGAAACGGGGUGCUGUGGGGGGGACAGGAGGUGGAGGGAUGGGGAUGUCGUCAGACCUAUGGGUGCACUCUGACGACCGGGAGGUGAAGAAGCGGGACGACCGGGAGGUGAAGAAGCAGCGCCGUAAGCAGUCCAACAGAGAGCCGGCAGACGACCGCGAAGUGAAGAAGCAGCGCCGCAAGCAGUCCAACAGAGAGUCGGCUAGACGGUCGCGGCUGCGCAAGCAGGUGCAUGGCGAGAGGGGGGCUGGGGGUUGGGCGGAGUGUGAGGAUCUGAUGGGGCGGGUGCGCGCGCUGACGGACGAGAAUCAGACGAUUCGAGUGGAGCUGCAGCGCAUGCAGGAGGAGUGCCACAAGAUGGCUCAGCAGAACGCACUGCUGCAGGAGAGGUUGAAUAGCAAGGCAGCACCAGGUGGUCCGUCCACACACUCUCCAGCCCCAUCAAGCCUCCAUCCUGCCGCCGCCCUCCCUCUGACAUCCUCGGGACUUGGCCCGCACGCACUGCCACCGCACAUGCCACCAGAUGGAACCGCAGCCGUUGAUCCUUCCGGAGCUGCGAUGCCAUUGGUCGGUGCGCCUGGUGGUGAUGUGAAUGGUGCGCUAGUGCCCGUAGGUCAGCAGCAGUUUCAGCAGGGAGGGGCAGGGGGGGGGGUGUUAGCAGUUGGCAAUGGUGGUGGGCAUGGAGGGGAGGGGUUAGGUGCCGUUGUUGGAGCAGCAGCAGGGAGGUUAGGGCAGGGGAGUGAAAAGAACAAUGUUGUGACAGCUGUUUCAUAA